GGUCAGAUGAACUGAAAAGUCAAGAGAGGACUGCUGAGUUUGGGACCUUUGUGCAGACGUGUUCCCAGUGUGGAGGGUGGGACGGAGGAAGGGAAGGAGGGCGUUGAGAGGAGGCCCCACCUUUCAUUCCAGCACAGUGCACCGGCGGGGCGGGAUGAGUCACGACUGGCUUGCUCCGGAGCUCAGAUUCCCGUAGGUGAGGGACCGAGACUCCCCUCUCGGGGAAAACGCGGCGCCCGCUCUUCCCGCACGGAUCUUGGCAGGUGCUAGAGCCCUGGGUCUGCCCGGUCUGGUCUCUGGGACCAGGGCUGGGUUUCCCUCAUGUAUGGCAAGAGUCCUGCGCGCCUGGUGCCUCUCCUCCUUGGCUUACAGCUCACAGCUCUUUGGCCUACAACAGCUGUGGAAAUUUACACCUCUGGGGCAGUGGAGGCUAUGAACGGGACAGAUACUCGGUUAAAAUGCACUUUCUCCAGUUUUGCUCCUGUGGGUGAUGCACUAACAGUGACUUGGAAUUUCCGUCCUCGAGAUGGGGGGCCUGAACAGUUUGUAUUCUACUACCAUGUGGAUCCCUUCCCACCCAUGAGUGGGCGGUUCAAGGACCGGGUGGUCUGGGAUGGGAACCCUGAGCGGUAUGAUGUCUCCAUUCUUCUCUGGAAACUGCAGUUUGAUGACAAUGGGACAUACACUUGUCAGGUGAAGAAUCCACCUGAUGUUGAUGGGCUGGUAGGGACGGUCCGGCUCAGCGUUGUGCACACUGUACAGUUCUCGGAGAUCUACUUCCUGGCUCUGGCUAUUGGCUCUGCCUGUGCACUGAUGGUGAUAAUAGUAAUCGUGGUGGUCCUCUUCCAGCAUUUCCGGAAAAAGCGAUGGGCUGAAAGAGCUCACAAAGUGGUGGAGAUAAAAUCAAAAGAAGAAGAAAGGCUCAACCAAGAGAAGGUCUCUGUUUAUUUAGAAGACACAGACUAACUUUCCUAGAUGGAAACAAGAUUUUCAAGAACAAGAACCCUAGAUACAUGAAGUUAAUGGAAGUUAAUGGAAACCUUUCUUUGGCUUUUCCAGUUGUGACCUGUUUUCCACCAAUUAUGCAGCACAUACCCAUCCAACAUCUUCUGCAGGCAACACAAGACUCCUCUUGAGCAGAUACCAUCAGACUCACAUACAAUCUUAUUAUUAAGGUUUUAUUUAAUUUCAGAGUGCAAAUAUUUUUCAGAUGAGCAUUAGCUUUUAUAAACUAAGAAGCUAUAUUUUUGCCCUUAAACACCCCUUAUCUGAGUAUGACUUAUAUCCACAUAUAUUGAAGCCAAUCUGCCUGUCAUGACAUUUCCUUUCAAGCACUUGUUUUUUAGACCAGUAAUCUUGCUACUAAAGUUAAUGUUUAUUCUCUUUCCUUCUCACAUUUUUAAUUAAAAGGUCUCCCAGCUAUAUUUGAUUAACAUUAAAUCCCAAAUCCAAACUGUUAAGUUUGAUUUGUUUUUAAUGGCUCCCCUUAAGUAUGAGACACAUCUUGCUUUUGUUGAAUUUCUUUCAGUAUUCCAGGUGAAUACAAAAAAAAUUUUGUUUUGUUUUUGUUUUUGUAAUUAAUCCAAGGUUUACAAUAGUACAAGUCUAAAUCACAGUGACUACAAAAAGUUACAUAAAUUCUAAUACAUUGGCAAAUGCCACCUCAGGAUGAAUCACUUGUCAAUUUUUUUCAACAGUCUAGGUCUUUCAUGAGCAAUGACUGUUUUGCUUACUAUGUUUUUUACCCCCAGUUAAAAUAUUAAAAUAGAGCAAAGCUAAGUUCAUUUGCAGACUGAAAUCAUUAAGCAGUUUAAUAGAUGUAUUUUGAAAUAGUCUAUUACAAUUCUUAAAAUUUAAAGAUGGUGAAGAAAGGUCAACACUAAAUGAUGAUAAUAUUGUACAAUAUUGUGCAAAGUUCUGAGAACUGGAAGAAAUUAUUUAAAUUUUUCUUUUUCUUCUUUUUAGUUGUAAGUCACUUGCUUAUUUUAAGGAAGAGAGAACUGGGUACAUAGCAAAGAAAUAUCAAAACUAGUUUAACUGAAUGAAACAAACUUUAUUAUUUUCCCUUAUGUUGGUAAGUAAAACAAACUUUGUAAGUGGGCCAUGGAAAUAGAGGUCUCUUUUAAAAAGUGUCUAGACAGCCAGUGUCAAUUUUGAAACUAAAAGUUAGAUCUGAAGUCUAUAUUACCUUUAAUUCACAUUUUACAUUUUUCUUCAUAAUUAAACUUUGAAAAUAUUACAACUGGAUAUUUCUUUAAACAGACAGACUGCAUGUUCUAUAGUUAUAAUGAAAAAGUAGUUAAAAACUCAUGGAGAGUUUUUCCAGCAAACUUGUAGCUUGUGUCUUGGCUAAAUACUCAAGGAGUAAUAUAGCAUGUUGUUUAGUGUCUCUUUCCUAAAGAGAACUUUUGUAUUGUAAUUUAUUUUUUAUUAUGCCUUAAAUACCAUGUAAAUAAACCUUUAGUAAUAAAGAAUUAUAAAUGAAA